CUCAAGAUAUUCCAUACCCUAUAAUUACAUAAUCGGUUUCUCUUUGACUACCCUACAUAUAUAAUAUUUUUUUUUUAUUGCAUGCUAGUACGGUAUCAAUGUUGAUAUCAUCAUUCUGCUUCCGAAAAAAUAGAGCAAAUGUAGGACUGGCAAAGUCAAGAAGAAAUCAAUUAAUAAACGACACAACCCAAAAGCAUAAUAUAUAUAGUAUAUAUGCAUAGAAAAUAUAGAAAUUCAAAAAGGGGUUUAUUCUGUGUCUCACGUUGUAAUAAAUAAAGUAACAAAGCAACAAAAAUAUAAAAUACAAGGUAGCAAGAUGAGCACUAAAUUAAAGGUUGUGUGAUACAAUUUGGGGAAAAAGUCAAAGUUAUUAUUGGCUUAAUGUGAAAAUUGAUUGAUGAAUUGCAGCGGUGCUGUGAAUGAUUACAUAGAAGGAGCCAAAAGAGUAGCAUGUGAGAUUCUUGAUCUUGUGGUAGAGGGUUUGGGGGUCCAAGACAAGUUUGCACUUAGCAAGCUAAUCAAAGACGUGCAAAGUGACUCAGUGCUGAGGAUCAAUCACUACCCUCCCAACAUGAACAAAAUUAAACAAAGUACUUGGGAUUGGGACAUGGACCCAUGUGCUACUUCAAGUUCAAAACUAGGUAACACCAACAAUGCCAUUGGCUUUGGGGAACACUCUGACCCUCAGAUCCUCACCAUCAUGAGCUCCAACGACGUCGCCGGCCUCCAGGCCACCACCCACCACGGCAUCUGGUUCACUGUCCCUCCUGACCCGCCUCACUUCUUCGUCAUGGUCGGCGAUGCCCUCCAGGUUUUUACAAAUGGAAGGUUUACAAGUGUGAGACACAGGGUGCUGACUAACACACUGAAGGCAAGGAUGUCAAUGAUGUACUUCGGAGCACCGCCACUGAAUUGGUGGAUCACUCCGCUGCCGGAGAUGGUUUCAUCACCGCAAAACCCAAGUCGGUAUAAGCCCUUCACAUGGGGUCAGUACAAGAAAGCUGUAUACUCUCUUAGACUUGGGGACUCUCGGCUUGACCAGUUUAAGGUUCACCAUGACACCCCUUAUUAGCUGCUUGCUUCUCCAUCAAAUUUUAUAUGUUGAUUUCUUGAUUUUUGUUUCUUUUUUUAAGUAAUACUAGUUUGUUGUUCUUAGCAUAUAGUUUCUUCUAUGGCUUUGAGAGAUUUUGGUAGUGUUUAAGAAACUCGAUUUAGGGAUUAUGAUAUACUUCGAGAAGACAAGAUCAUUUGAUCGGCCAUGCUUGUUAAAGAUAAACAAGCAUUUAAAUCAAAUUUUAUUCAAUAUUGUUUACUAUUAUUUUGAUAUGAUAUAGUCUCUUAAAUUUACUGAUUAUGACUUGAAUGAUGAACUCAGGAUUGGUCACUUAAUUCAUGUUAAGAAAGUUAAAAAUGUUUUGGUUGAAUAGGACCUUUGCAUGUUGUUUGUGCUUCAAUUCAACUUCCCUGUUCCUACCUCUUCCCUCUUAAUCUUGUUAUUAAUAUUAUUAUUGAUUUUACUUUUGGUAAGGAAGUGAAAAGUGAGAACAACUUUAUGUCUAUAAUGAAUUUUGAAUACAUUAAAAUUUAAGUUAAAAACUUCAUUUUCUAUCAGACAGGCUUUUGCACUUUUUUUUUCCAUUAAUUAAUAUUGUAAGUGGCUUGGUGUCUUUGGCGCACAUGUAGGGUCCAGUAAUAUUUAUUAGCCCAAAUGAGCUACGUUAUUAGCCACAAAGCCCAUUAAGCCUUGCAAAAGAAAUGCUAGUGUGACAUUAAUCUCCACCGUUUUCAGUGGUUAGUUUGCAGUUGCAAGUAUUACUACGAGGUUCAAAGAUGAUUUAAACUUCGAACUAAUCGGCGAAGUUAUCAACACUAUUUCCCAAUUUUACGAAUCUCAUUGAUAAUUAUUCAAUCAAUUUUAGAUGCAGAAUUCAAUCAAAAUAAAUAGCAUAAAUUGGAUGGGUGGGUGAUCCAAUAAACCAAUCAAAGAGAGUUUAAUAAUAAUGCUGCAAAAAACGAGCAAUAAAGAUUUCAGAAGAGAUAGCUUUGCGUCUUCAUUGUCAAACUUCUUUUCCAAUUUCAACCAUUUCAAAAUUACAAAAACAAACUGAAAGAAUAGGCUUAAGAGAUCAGUCAGGUUUGCAGGGUGAUUGACACGCAAAGAAAUCUUAAGAGAAAGAGAAAACACUACAUUUCGCUGCUUCUAAUUCAGAUUCAGAUGCUAGAAUGAAAUUCUCAAUUUCUCAUCCUCGUCAAUCUUAGGUGCAGUUAUCGGUUAAAUCACUACUUUUAUCUCCUCCCUCUAAACCAUAUUAUAGAUUUGCUAGAUCAAUAUUAGUAGAGAAAUUAAAAGUGAAAUCGAUUUUAUGUACAUAAUGUACUUUGAACACUUUUAAAACUUGUAGUUAAAAAAAAAAACACAGUGAUAACAGGAAAAAUGAAAGAGCAGAAGAAGACAAUAGAGCAGAAAACUUGUAAAAGAGGGGAAAGGAGAUAACUCAGUGAUGGCAAAGGUUUUUAUGGUUCGAUUCUGCCAGCAAUGUUCCUCAACUAAAGAUUUCAGAAGAGGGAGCUUUUAUAUCCUCAUUGUCAAAACUCCUUCCCCCGUUUCAAAAUGAAAAACAAAA